UCCGAGCAGCAACACGAAUAGCCUCGCUUUCUUUCGCCUCGCCCAACGGAUUGUGUGCAGAUUCUCCUGCGCCCACGUGGAAUUCGACUCCACCAGGGGCCAUGGAUAGUCGAAUGGAUCCCAGCAAAUCGACCAGGAUCGAGAUGGGCCGAUCUGGGGGCUCUGGUCGAUUUGCCACGGUGGGACCGGUGGUAUUGGCUUGGAAGACCCUUGGAACGAGCUGAAUUUUGGUCGAUGAGGAGGAGGAGGAGGAGGAGGAAGAAAAGGAAGUUUGGGCGAGUUUUUGGCGGACGUUCCAGAAGGAAAAGGCACGUGGUUGUGGCACGUCUUUCUCUCCUCCUCCUCGCCUCCUCACUUCACCUCAAUUCCUCCUCAAUUCCUCCUCAAUUCAACCUCAAUUCCUCCCUUGUAUCCCUCUCAUCUUAGCGUCCAUCUAUGCCGUCUACGCCCUCGUCCAUGUCCUCGUCGAGUUCCGUGCACUCCUCCUCGUCGACGAGGAUGCAGUCAUCGUCAUCCCAGGCAACGUCUCACCUGCUGCGAGUUACAGACACCGACCGGCCGUUUACUAGAGACUUCAAGGAUCUCUUCUCGACCCUCAUGGUCAGUCUCAAGCUGGAGACCAACCGCUCCUUUUUCGCCAAGUACGAGUACUCCUUCACCAGCGAGCAGGCCCUCAGCAACCUGAGCUCGCUCAAGUUUCUCCAGUCGUCACGCAUCCCAGACCCGAAUGAUCCCUCGCGGAUCGUCAUCACAACCACCGCCACCACCUUCUCCAUGUCGCGGGAUGUCGCCCUCUCCAUCUGCCAGCACUUUGUCCAGGCCCGUUUCAUCGACCCGGUAGGCGGGCGAAAUAGUAACGGGGGGGCUACCUUUGUGGCCAAGGGCGGCCUGUACCAGAUGACCACCAAGGGAAUUGCGGUCCUUCAGCGCUUCUGCGCCCGGAACGGUAUCACCGCCCGUCAUGUCCUGGACAUCAUCGAGUCCCCCCGGAAUAGCAUGCGAUUGCUCAUUCUUGAGCGGAACCUGGCUACGGAUCGACUGCUGACCGACUCGGCCACCGUCGAGGUCAUCUUUCGUCGCUUCGCCGGCCAGGAUGGGCCCAACAUCAUCCCCGGCCUGUCCUUAGCCUCCUCCUCCUCCUCCUUGGCUGCGGCGCGCAAGAUCCCCCGCCAGCCAGGGUAUCCCAACGGAGUGCUGGGUGUGCGGCUGGCCAAGGACCAGCGUAUCAACGGCAAGACCUUUACCUAUGUGUUUUCCGGCCGCACCGCCGCCGACUGGCUGAUGGACUGCUGCACCACCAUCGACGAGCGUGAGCCGUAUGCCAUCGGCGCCCUCUUCGUGCUCCACCGCCUCGUCGUCCUCGCCCGAGACGAUCCGGACUACCGCCCCUCGCGCGGCAACGGUGACGCCCCCUUCAUCCCGACCGACACCGCCCUCUACGCCAUCACCCCGGAGGGCCAGGCCGUCUGCGGCUGGAAGUACCUCUCGCCCACGGGCGAGGUCACCCCGCCCAACAGUGGCUCCUUUGACACCCCGCGCGAGGGCGCCGAUUCCAACAAGGCCCGCCUGCGCUACAUCCUCAACGACCCCUCGCUCCGCCUGCUGUUCCGCGAGUUUCUCAUCGCCUCCUUUUGUGAGGAGAACCUGUCCUUCUACCUCGAGCUGUCCGAGUUCAUGGACGACUACGCCGCUCUCAAAGCCACCAAGCAGUUGGCCGACCCAUCCAUGAUUCGCAGAACCUUUGCCACAGCAUACGGAAUGUACAACACUUUCCUCGCCUCCGGCUCGCCCUGCGAGCUGAACAUCGAGCACAGUCUCCGCCGCAAUCUAGCCAUCAAAAUCACCCUGGCGAUGCGCGAACAGAGCCCAGACGAACAGUGUCUGGACGAGGUGCUCGCCCUGUUCAAAGCAGUCCAGACGUAUAUUUUUCACCUCAUGGCUAGUGACUCGGUACCGAAAUUCUUCAUCGUCCCUCGAUAUACGGGUAUCCUGCAACAACACGAUUUCGAGUCCGUGCGGUGACUCUCAUACACCAUCUAUGUCUAAUUCUUUGUCCUCGAUUUAGCUUGUCUCUUUUUUUCCUGUCUGGUCUUGAUUUUUGUUUACGAGCGAUGAGCAUAUGCAUCACGGUACAUAGAUCCGAGACUGUACAUUACAUCUUUCUGUACAUACAUUAAUACUGGGAACGAAUAUAUUAUCUUAAUCCUC